GGGCGGUCUUGUUUUUGUAGGUGCUCACACGCAGCACUUGCGCUGCUAAAAUGCGUAUCGAAAAAUGCUAUUUCUGCUCGGGACCCGUGUAUCCCGGGCAUGGGGUGAUGUUUGUACGGAACGACUGUAAGACAUUCAGAUUCUGCAAGUCAAAAUGCCACAAGAACUUCAAGAAGAAGCGUAACCCCAGAAAGACAAGAUGGACCAAGGCUUUCAGGAAGGCAUCUGGAAAGGAGUUGACAGUGGAUAACGCUUUGGAGUUCGAGAAACGCAGAAACAUACCCGUCAAAUACAACAGGGAGCUGUGGGACAAGACAGUGGAGGCAAUGAAGAGGGUGGAAGAAAUAAAAACGAAACGACAGGCGAGAUUUAUCAUGAACAGAUUAAAGAAGGGCAAACAAUUGGAGAAAGAAGAGGCCAUCAACGAAGUCAAGAAAAAUAUUCACCUCAUCAAAGCACCACAUGCAGGAAAAGCCAAAAAGAUGGAAGAGAAAAUGGUGCAGAAGUUACAAGAAGACGUGGACAUGGGUGAUGAGGAUCUUUAAUCCUGUCCCCAUUGAGUUUUGCUGGAGUGAUAAAACUCAAUUAGCCCUUGUAUUAUAUUGUACUUGUGUUGUGGAAUUUAUAAAUUUCCAAAUGGUUGAUGAUGGACAACGAAAUGUAUUCAGUUUCAAAUUGCCAUUAAGAAAAAGCUGAUAAUGAUAUGCCUCAGAAGAGUUUUUUUUGUGUGUGUGGUAUUUGGGGUUGUUAAGAAUUAACUCUAUACUGGUGUAUAACAGAACGUAUUACAGUCGUACAGAAAAUGUUCAAACAUUACCGACAAAUAAAUAGCAUUUUUUGGAAA